ACGUGAUGUAGGAACAAUAGGUUCAAUUGUUAUAAGCAUAGAAAUAUUAUUCAUAUUAUGAGCAUCGUUCAAAUCAUGGAAAUGAAACUUUAUUUAUCACAUUAAUAUUAUUUAUUACAUUUGGGUAUUGAGAGUGUUUGGGGUGUGAGAAAUAUUGUUUAACUCUUCAUUGAAGUCAUGUAAUUUAUGUAAAUUUACUAAAUGGUUUCUGAUUACGUCUUAGCAUAGAGAGAAAAAUGGAGUGAUGUUUCGGAACAGAAUAUUGUACCACUCAGUAGAGGUUAUCAGAGAUAACUUAAAUCAGAAACUGAGAUGAAGGGGUACGUGGCAGACGUGGGGAAAAUUUAGACGAAUUAUGCGACUGAGAUAAUAAUUGCUGAGUACAUUACACAAGUACACGAACAUUGCUUACAAACGCAUGAAUAACCUUAGCACAAAUAUUCAUACAUUUACUCUUUGUCUCCAGGAAAACCUGUGCAAGAAGCCGGGCUGCGGAAAAAUAUUCACAAAUAGAAAAUAUCUGAUGAACCAUAUGCGCCGGCGCGAUGGACUGAAGCUGAGUGAAUGUAAUUUGCCACAAUGUAAGAUCGGAUUCAAACACCUACACUUUCUGAAGGAGAUGAGUUUGGACUUCAAGUGCCAAGAUCCGGGGUGUAGGCAAGUGUUCAAGAUGCCUUCCCAGCUGAGAGCGCACAUCCGCUGGCACAAGAGACAUGAGGCUCACGUGUGCAGCUGGCCUGGCUGUAAGUUGCGGUUCACGACAAAUGGAAUCCUGGAGAAGCACAUGAAGACACACAACAGAGAGAAGCCAUUUAGGUAUCAUAUUUGUGACAAGGACUUCAGUUCAUCAAAAAGUCUCGGCACACACAUGAAGAUGCAUGGUCGAAAGGCAUGUUUGGCAGGAGAAAUGACGUUAAGGGUCGUUGUAAUUAUAGGUUGUCCUGUCUGGCGAAGCUCUUCUUACAGACUUCGCAUUCAAAUGGUUUUUCUCCGCUGUGAAGUUUUUGAUGCAUGUUCAAGUUACCCCGUUUCAUGAAACUCAUCUGGCAAUCUUCAUACUCGGAAACAAAUGCACCUUCCUUAUUGUGCCACCUCUUGUGAGCAUUCACUUCUGAUGGCUUUCUGAUGGAUCUCCCGCAGCCCUGUACGUCGCACUCGAAGGCGGGAUCUCUCUGCAGAAAUUAGGCAAAUUUGUUCAUAUUAGAAAUUAAGGUAAUCAUGUGUCAUACCACAAAAAUAUGUUUCCUCGAAGCUUGUACCAAUUAAUAAAUAAAUUUUGCGUUUGUAUUUUGAUGACAUACAUAUUACGUUUAACUGUAUACUCAGUGUUGUUUCCACUCUUAGGAAUAAUGUUUCAUGUUGUAACCGUUCCGCUGCCAUGCUGCCUAUUUAAAUAUGAUUAAUGCUAUUAAUUUGAAAUUUAAUUGUUUGAAUGUAAGGACAGGAACAAGUGUAGUGAGACUUAGGUCCAUUCUUGUAUUUAAAAGUUAGCCUCUUCCCACGCUUACAGUAGAAACAGGGAGAUAACCGUUGUGGGUUUCUUAUGGAAAAGUUACGUAAAGAAAAGCUAAAGAAAUCUUUUGUGAAUUCUUUACUUGACAUUUUCUACAAGCCAUUAUUUUAACGGAGUGAUGGGUUUAUGACACAAGCCACGCUGCACAUUCGUCAUUUUUUUGACAGGAGUUCGUUAAGACA